AUGGGGGUGACAAGUGCACAGGUCCUGGCUUCCGGCCGGGCUGCUGGAGCUCCACCAGUGCCUCUUCCUGCAGGGGCUCCUCCAGACCCGGCCAGUGCCCCCGCGGCCUCUGCAGCAGCAUCACCCCCUCGAGUGCUGGGCCCGCCCCCCCUGGGCCCCAUCAGCCCCCCCCGGGCAGAGGGCAGGAAGCCGAGUGCAGCAGCAGGCCCCGAGGAGUGCAGUGUGCCCGCAGACACCGUGCUGGCCCCGCUGAGGGAGGCCCUGGCCGCCUGCCGCCCCACCGUGCAGGUGAGACCCGCUCCCACUGCCUCUGCCCCAUGCUGCACGGGGGGCACAGCCUCACCCCCAGCUCAUCUCUGCCUCCAGAAACAAGUGUGCGACGACAUCGGGCGGCGCCUGACGGUGCUGGGGGACGCCUGGGCUCAGGGGAAGCUGUCGGUCCCGGUGAGGAAGAGGAUGAGCCUCCUGGUGCAAGAGCUCCAGCAGCAGCACUGGGAUGCGGCCGACGAGAUCCACCGCUCGCUCAUGGUGGACCAUGUGAAUGAGGUGAGCCAGUGGCUGGUGGGGGUGAAGCGCCUGAUCGCCGAGAGCAGGAGCCUGCCUGCAGCGGACAGUGACGCAGACGGUGGUGCUGAGGCUGAGCCUGACCAGGAGGAGCCCUGA